AUUUAGUAUGUCUACUAACUGAUGUGAUUGUGUGAAGUUGAGAAAACAAGCGGAAAAUGAGAUUUGCUAUGGAAUGCUGUUGUGCUACGUAGAAUAAAACCAGUUACAUUGGAAUUCGAAAUACUUUCAACUAUAAAAAUAGAGUUGGAAAACGAAUAAUAAAUACCAGAGAAUAAGUAAUACAAAAAGCCAGCAAGUUAAAACACAAUUGAAAAAUGUCGGCAUUUAAAAAAUAUGUGGUUCACAUGCAAUACUUCAGAAUCGUUUAGAAUAAGUACUUUGUGAUAUUAAAAAAAUAUAGAAAGUUGUUGCCUGAGUAUCUCAACAAUAUAAAAUCAAGUACUGUAUACGUUGACUCACACCAAAAAAUGCAUUUUACGAAUAAUAAUGAAAUGAACUCAAAUACGAUUGCAAGUGCAGAAUGGAAAGCAAAACCGAUAGCCGCACAUCCAACUGUUUUUAAUGCCACAUCAGCAAGGGGCUCAGAAACAAUAAAAUUGUCAACAUCGUCAGCUGACAGUUGCGCCUCAUCAACCGACUCUGGUGUAAUUAUCACCGACAACAACAGAACAUGCAGCAACGACAGCAACAACUACAAAAACAUACAAGGCAAUGUAAGCUUCAACACCAACACCAACGGUGUAGACAUCAAUGGCACAAGUGGCAAUACAGCGAAAGAUAACAGCAACAAUAUCGACAACAGCGUCGAUGAUAAGCGAAGACGCAGUGCAGAAACUCCGAAAUCAAACAACAAUAUUACAAUAAACAAAAAAAUUGAUAACAAUUGCAUAAACAUUGAAAAUAUCAUAAAUGUGCGACGCCAACGAAACUCGUCAAGCGGUAGCAGUAGAAAAUCUUCGAAGAAUUGCUCACCAGCAGUGUCGAUACGUAGCAAUACAAUAUCGAUUAUUUCGAUCGAUGAAAAUGCCAUUGACUCGAGUGUCGUCGACUCAGAUUCGGACUUUGAGGGUCAAAAUAGUAGCUAUGUUGUCAAGAAGCUGGGCCAACAAACGACCUACGAGCCAAAUAAUCCCAAUUUGCCGAAUAUAAAUAAAGGUAUGCAAGUGCUAAGUCAGACGAUAAGCCCAGGUGCAAUACCCCCCACGUCUGGUCCGCUAUCUGAGACGAUACUCAAUGGUGGUGCACUCUCACCACCGAUGCUAGCGCCACCUAUGGCGCCCAAUUCGGCCCAAAUUGGUAGCAUAGCACUCUCAAAUUCUACAGAUGUUACCUUUGGCGACAAGCAUUUCUACGAAGGACCCGUGACGAUACAACAGUUUCUAAUUGAUAGUCGUGAUAAAUGGAAAAAUGGCGAAGAGGGUGGAAGUGAUAAUCCAAACUUCACUGCUGAUGACAAAGUGUCCGAUCCUGAAAAUGCUACAAAAUCUACACAACCCGACGCACCAUAUAAAUUCAUAUUCAGUCGGCGUGCAGUCAUCAUCACUGGCUCAAUUAUUCUACUAACUAUAUUGAUCGGAAUAGUCAUAGCUACUGUGAAUAGUCUCACAAAACAGACGAUAAGAAAAAGUAAGAUUCUAGGUGAUGGCGACGAUUCCAGAAAGCAUAUUCCAAUCAAUUCAACAAUAGCGGACGAUAAUGUAGGCGGUGGCAAAAUACUUCGCAUUGUACCUCGCGAUGGCUGGCUAGCUCAACCUCCAUCAGCUGAUCCUGUACCUUUGGCAACGCCUGUGCACAGGGUCAUUGUACUUUCAACACUCACUGAAGACUGUGAAACGCAAGCCAUGUGCGUCUAUCGUGUACGUAUGACACAAACUCUUAACAUUGAAUCUCAAAAUCAUGAUGAUAUUAUUUACAACUUCCUAAUUGGUGGCGAUGGCAAUGUGUAUGAAGGACGUGGUUGGGAUGUAGUCGGUGCACAUUUGCGUGGCUUCAAUUCGGACAGUAUUAGUUUCGCCUAUAUUGGUACAUUCAAAAAACAAAAGCCAUCAGAAAAACAAAUGGAUGUCACAAAAUUAUUAUUAGAGGAGGGUGUACAAUUAGGUAAACUCUCGCCAGAUUAUAAAAUAUAUGGAGCAUAUAUGUUGGAUCCUACAUCGACAGAUGCAAGAGCAGAUGAAUUGUACAACAGCUUCAAAGGUUGGCCACAUUGGUCUGAGUAUCUAUUUUCUGCAAACGCAAAAUGAAAUGUGUCAUUUAUUUUAAAAGUAUAAAAGAAAUAUAUUUACUUACAUAUUAUGCAGAGUGAAAAGUUGCUAAGUCCAU